AUGCCCGAACUAGUGGAUGAGGAAGCCUUGUUAAAAAGUAAUAACGAAAAAUCAGUACAAAAUAUUGAUGGGGAAGCAAUACAAAAUGCUGAAAACGAAAAAGUAGCACAAAGUGCUAACGAAGAGGGGUUACAGAAAAUGAGCGGAUCUGAAAGCGAAGAUCCCAUACAAAUUCCCGAUAAAGAAGAGCAGCUUCAUAGAAAACCUGAAAGAGAAUUUAUAAAUUUUGACAGUGACGAGAGUGUGGCAGACCCCGACUAUUCAGAUGAACACGAGUCUGACGAUGAAUUAGACCCAAAUGAAGUAGCAGAAAAGAAAUUAACGAGAAGAAGAAAAGCAAACCAAAUGAAUUGGAAAAAAAAAUGUUACAAAAAAGAAACGAUACGUACUGCAGUUAAAAAGAAAAAAGAAGGGAGUAUUGUAACACCUGACAAAAGAGGUAGACAGCAACCUGUAAACAAGAUCUCAGAAGAAGUUCGAAGAAAUGUUCGAAAUCACAUCUCAAAAUUUUCAACAUACAAGUCGCAUUACUCUAGGGAACGAAGGAAAAAGAAAUACCUAGGAAAUCAUCUAAAUAUAAGUAGAAUGUACCGACUUUACUUAGAAGAAUGCAACGAAAGUGGUUUUGGGCCCGAAAGUAUUGCAAAGGAGUGGCUUUACUCGGAGAUAUUCAACUAUGAAUAUAAUAACUCGUUUAAGAGUCCAGACAACGACAGCUGCGAUUUAUGCGAUGAACUUCAGUCUCAGAUUCAUGAGUCGGAAUCCCUUGAAUCAAGAAAGAGUCUACAAACUGAAUACGAUGAACAUCUUGCAGAUACGAGCAAUAGAUAUAAAAUGAAAUCGGAAGAUAAAAAAAAAUAUAGAGAAAAUGUAUUACUUAUUAUGGAAAAGUAA